CGUAGCUGUAGUAGCAGGUGGCGGCCAGGAGAGGGAGUCAGAGUCCGCGUUUGUGAGGAGGUUUGUCCCCGGCCGGCUCCUGUACUGUGAUGUCCGCUGUCAGCUGUGUGAGUGGAGCGGCUGCAGACACGCAGGGUGUUGAUGAUCUGAACGCUCGCCCCGUCAGGAAGUGACCGGCACAGUAAGUAUAUGAUCACAAAGAAAGCUUUGUAGACGCACCACGUGUGGACGCAGGAUCCGCCGCAGUGUAGGAACAGUCUCACUACUUCUGCCAACUUCACUGGGCUGGAACAAUUCUUCUGCUAAGUUUUACUGUAGUUUCUUAAGGCCCCAGAUAUUCCACCCAGCGUCUCGUCACAGCCCGCCAGCCGGCCCCAGUGCGUUGAUGGCUUCUGCUCUGAACCUGAAGUCGGAGAGACUGAUGCUGAUAGAAGACGGCAUUCCCCUAGCUAAGAAGCCCAGGCGGAGGCAAUCUCAGGGUGCUGUCAUGGAGACUUCCCAGAAAUACAAUUAUCGGAAACUCUUGCCAAGCCUAAAGACUAAGAAACCCCAAGAAUUGGUGCUGGUGAUCGGAACUGGUAUCAGUGCGGCUGUAGCACCACAAGUGCCAGCACUGAAGUCCUGGAAGGGGUUAAUUCAAGCUCUGCUCGAUGCUGCUAAUGACUUUGAUCUUCUAGAAGAAGAAGAGAGCAAAAAAUUCCAGAAGUGUCUCCAUGAAGACAAGAACCUGAUCCACGUGGCCCACGACCUCAUCCAGAAGCUGUCACCGCGAACCAGUAAUGUCCGCUCCACAUUUUUCAAGGACUGUCUCUAUGAAGUCUUUGAUGACCUGGAGUCAAAGAUGGAGGACUCAGGGAAGCAGCUGCUACAGUCUGUGCUGCAGCUAAUGGAGCACGGUGCUCUCGUCUUGACUACUAACUUCGACAAUCUGCUGGAGAUCUACGCAGUACAUCAGGGAAAACAGCUGGAAUCCAUAGACCUCACUGAUGAGAAGAUGGUACUUGAAUGGGCUCAGGAGAAAAAGAAGCUGAGUGUCCUGCACAUACACGGCGUCUACACCAACCCCAGCGGCAUCGUCCUGCACCCUGCCGGAUACCAGAACGUCCUCAGGAACACCGAGGUUAUGAGGGAAAUCCAGAAGCUGUAUGAGACCAAGUCCUUCCUGUUCUUGGGCUGCGGCCGCACCGUGGACGACACGACGUUCCAGGCCUUGUUCUUAGAGGCGGUGAAACACAAGUCAGACUUGGAGCACUUUAUGCUGGUCCGUAGGGAAGAUGUGGACGAAUUCAAGAAGCUGCGGGAGAACAUGCUGGAUAAGGGGAUUAAGGUCAUCUCCUAUGGGACGGAGUACACCGACCUCCCCGAAUACUUCGAGAGGCUGGCAAGCGAAAUCUCCACAAAGGGGCGCACAGGGCAGUCACAUGGUCAAGAGAUACACUACGAGGAGCUGGAACAGUCUUGCGAAUCCAGGCACCAGUUUCUGCCAUUUUCCCUUGAGAACCCAGAGAACUCCAGAACAGACAGGUCAACCCAGACAGAUGGAGAAUGUGGCAUUCUACCGUCCACACUACCCAUAAUGCCUCAGUGUACGGAUCCACCACUGACCAACUGUCGUCCAAAAUCCUCUCCACAGCCGCCACCUCCACUCGACAGCCGGACCCUAUGGACAGAGCAGCUGAGGAGCUUCGCGGCCAGUCAGGAAGGCGUACGGAAGGGAAUCAUGGCUAAGGUGACCGCGUUACACUUAGACUUGUGCCAGCUCGCCAUGGGCAUUAAUCGGAAUAGCGCUGUAUUUAAGAAGCUCUUAAAGGUGGAGAUGGAGAGGAACAAUCUGCUCGCCCACAUGAACACUAACCUCAGCAAACUCGCUGCCAGCUUACACCUACUGGCGAUCCAGCAGAGCGCCAACCAGCAGGAGCUACAGGGCUUGUUAGAUCCACAGAGGAAAGAACCCAAGGAGACCACCGCCGGGCUGUCUACACCACCCAUCUCCGUCACAUUAACCCCUCCUCCCUCCCAUUACCGUUACUAUAUGCGAACAAGAACAGCGCCCCCUUCUGCCUUAAACUGCAGCUCAGACCUAAGGCCGCCACCGGCAAAGAGAGGACGGAAAUAAAAACGUCUUUAAGGAACGGAAGGAAUGUUUUGGGUGUGUUUUUCAGACGAAAAAAAAAAGUUUUCUAAUUUAUAGGAAAAUAUGAAAGUUCCUUAUAUUUAUGUUACAGUAUUAAAGUGUUUGAAGAUUAA